UCGCAAGUUCGUGGUUCGAUCAAGCCAACUCUGUAUGAUAUCUGCGCUGUCUGUAUAUGAUACUCUCUCCUGGACUUGACCUUUUUGUCAGAUCACAGUACCUACAACACUUUUAAUGGUGGUCCGGUGUUAAUUUAAUUUUCAGCAUUGCCUCAGCGAAAAGAACAAUUUAAAAGAUGGCUGUGGCUGCCAGGGCAUUUUCAAAAUUUUCAGUCAAGAACUGUGGAAGUUUAUUACGCUCUCAAGUGAGAUUUAAUUAUACAGAAACUAGGAAGAAUUUAAAGAUUGAUGCAAAUACCAAAGUGAUAUGUCAAGGUUUUACUGGAAAGCAAGGAACUUUCCAUUGUCAACAAGCUAUUGAUUAUGGUACAAAGAUAGUAGGUGGUGUUAGUCCCAAAAAAGCAGGUACAGAACAUCUUGGAAAACCAGUAUUUAAAACAGUUAAGGAGGCGAAGGAAGCAACUGGAGCUUCUGCAUCAGUCAUUUAUGUUCCUCCUCCAGCUGCAGCAUCAGCCAUUAUGGAGUCGAUUGAUGCUGAGAUGCCUUUAAUUGUUUGCAUUACAGAGGGUAUUCCUCAGCAUGAUAUGGUUAAAGUAAAGAGGCGAUUGCUUGAACAAAAUAAAUCACGUUUAAUUGGUCCAAAUUGUCCUGGAAUAAUAGCACCUGAACAGUGUAAAAUUGGUAUUAUGCCUGGUCAUAUACAUCAAAAAGGAAAGAUUGGUAUUGUAUCAAGAUCAGGAACUCUAACUUACGAGGCUGUGAAUCAAACGACCCUUACUGGACUUGGACAAACAUUAUGUGUUGGUAUUGGUGGUGAUCCAUUCAAUGGCACUGAUUUCAUCGAUUGUUUAGAUGUAUUUCUUACGGAUCCAGAAUGCGAUGGCAUCAUAAUGAUAGGAGAGAUUGGUGGCAGUGCAGAAGAAUUAGCAGCAGAAUAUCUCAUCGAGAAGAAUACUGUUGGUUGCUGUUCAGAGUUAUUGGGUGGAAAAGCUAAACCAGUAGUAUCGUUUAUUGCUGGUAUUACUGCACCACCUGGACGAAGAAUGGGACAUGCUGGUGCUAUAAUCUCAGGAGGAAGAGGUGGUGCGCAAGAUAAAAUUAAUGCACUUGAAAAAGCUGGUGUAAUAGUAACAAGGAGUCCUGCACAAAUGGGUAAUGAACUUCUAAAGGAAAUGACACGACUUGGUUUGGUUUGUAAUUAAAAGACGUGCACUACUAUAAUUCUGUGUAGUUUUCUUCAUGUUCAUGUAUCUUCAUGAAAAAUAAAUUGAAAGUACACCAUACAGCAAUAACUCACACAGAACAUAGUAGUGUAAUAUAUUAAAAUAUGAAAAAGAAUAAUUUCACUUAAUAAUAUAUCAACUGUUCUCAUUGC